AUGGCUGAACUAUCAGACGAGCAGCCCUUGCUACGACAAGAGCUGUAUCAGCCUCUUUCUUCAACCGAGUAUCGAAUAGUCCAUCUCUUCCCUGGAGACUUUGCCGACGAUAUUCAGUGCGCUUUGGAAAUACGAGACAGUUCCAUACGAAUCAAAUAUGAAGCAAUCUCUUACGAAUGGGGCGACGAAACAGAUGCCAAGCCGAUCCAUGUUGCGCGGCUUGAUGCGCCACCAAGAAGAGUAUCGAACCCUCGCGGUCCCCGAUUAGUUGAGCGUGUUUGUAGUGUGUAUAGGCUGGCCAUGCAGCUCGAAAGCAGCCAUCCUGUGCUCUUCUGCAUUUUCCUCGCUUUUCCAUUUGCUUGCCUGCUUUGGCGGAUUAUGCCAUUUGUCGAGCCAGCCUGGGUUCCCUUUUUCAUUCCCACAUCUAUCUCCCGUGCUGCUACAUGCUUGGUUCCUGCCGUCAACUCGGCAUGGAUUUGUCAAACGUCAUUCAGGCUAAUACAAGAGAUUCUGGAGACCAAGAUAUGGAACUUACGGACAAUUGGUUGGAGAACCCGGAAAGAGAACGUAUCUCUAUCCAAAUUCGAGGCUCUUUAUGUCACACGCAAUCUGGAGAAUGCGUUGCGGCAUCUGCGAAGGAGUAAGGGCGUUCGUAUUCUCUGGAUUGAUGCUCUAUGCAUCGACCAGAAAAACGAGGCUGAGAAGCUCGUGCAGGUCCAAAAGAUGGACUGGAUAUACGCCAACGCAUAUAUGGUUUUGAUAUGGCUUGGAGGUUAUCAUCAUUACCAAAAUGGCCAGUCCUGUGGCGACAAGGGCGUCAUUUGUGCACAUCAGGAACAGAUCGAGUUAGCCUUCACUUGUAUUCGGGGAUCGCUUUGGGGGAUAUCCCGUUGUUUUCGAGCGAUUGGAUAUACGAAACCUUAUGAGAAGGGAUGGUGGCAGAGGCUAUGGGUUGUCCAGGAAGUGGCCCUAGCAACUGGUAAUGUUAGAAUCCAAUGUGGCCACAGCACGUGCAGCUACGACGACUUUGACGCUUGGUUCUCUGAUAUGCCUGCGAUAUAUCCUGGAGGUCUAUCUUUCGAAAAGGACAGCAUACAUGUUGUGUACUUCCUAGAUCUGAUAAGAAGGUUCCGGUACGAUUUUAAGGCCGACAAAGCACUCCAUGGCUUCUAUACCAUGGUACUCGAAGUCGAAGAUUUUGCGAGGGAUCUAUGCAAUAUCCUACUAAGAACUUCUGGGAGUUUCAAGUGUCGGGACAAUGAAGAUCGCUUAUACGCCGUACUCGGAAUCGUGGCGGGUGUUCAACCCCGGAAGCAUGUCAAACUAGUGAACAUUUCCAGUUUCGUCGGCUCAAUAUCAAUGCUCGGAAUGCUUGGAAUUUCAAAUUUUUAUGACGCUCUUCUCAAAGAGAUUUGGUUGAGCAUUCUUGCAACCGUGAUCGGUUUUGGAAUGCUAUUCUUCGAAACCAGAGCGAGGUACUGA